GCUUCCACUUUUAUUUCAUUUUCAUGUUAGAAGUUUUUUUUGACUACUCCUCCUAACUGUACUUACAUUUACCUGAUUUGAAUUAGCCAGAACAGAUUGUAAUAUUUGGCAGUGGACAGAAUAUUGUUGAUAAAUGUUUUUUGAGACACAUGCAGUAAUCAUUUUGGUUGUAGUUGUAUUUUGAAUAAGUGAUUGUGAUCAGUGCUGCACCAAAUGACGAUCUAUGUGUUUUGUAGGUGGUUCUUGUCAUUUCUCUGUUUUAUUACUGUACACAGUACACCUACUCAAGGCCUCCACUCUCACUGUAAACUAAAAUGUGUGGAGUUCAUACCGUUUUCAGGACCAUUAUUGUUAGAAGUCUGUUGGCAAUGAAUUUUGAGUGAAAUUCAUUCAGACUUUCUAUUAUCCACAUUUUUUCCACCCACUGUUGUGGCUUAGGCUGGGUGAUAAAACUAAAUAAAUAAAUGGUUUAUACAAAAAUUGCACAAAAACUAUGAACUAAAACAAAAAAUGGUCUAAUUUACAUAACAGAGCCCAUUCAGUACCCUAAACAAUACGUAAGUGCUUUCGUAAUGAGACGUCAAAGAUCGUGAGAAGAGCGGUCUGUAGAACAUAAGUAUACUAGAAUGUUGUUUAUAAAUGUUAGAGCAGCUGGAGAAAAAAUAUAUAAUCUAUUUCAUUUCAGUGCCUCUCUGAGUAUUAAUUAGGCCCACUAUUUCAGAAAAAAGAUAUGUAACAAAAUAUAUAAUAUUUUUUAUGAUUAUACUUUCAGACUUUUGUUAUUUGAUUUUAAUGUAAUUUUAUAUACAGUACAUUUAAAAAAAAAAUUAAAUCUUCUAAUUAAUUUCAAGACAGAAUCAAGGCAGAUGUGCAUUGUUGAACACAAGAAAGAGUAUUCCAUUGUUGUAAUUAUAUGCAUCAAAACAGUAUGUGGCUAUAAACCACAGUAUUUUCCUAUAUAUAUUAAAAUAUUUUAAUAUAUAAAAGUCUUACACAUGAUGCAAACAAAUCAUUUAAUCAAAGUUGUGAAAUUGUGUCCAAUGUCAUUUUUACUACUUAUUUAUUUAAGCUAUUUAAACUUAAGUUACUUUUACUACUUAAACACUUUUAGGAGACUUUGCGUUAAAAUCAAUAUGAUAUUCAAGAUAUUCAUAGUGUUGCUUGAUUUUACAUCACAGAAAAAAUCAUUGCAAAUAUAUUGUGAAUAUUGGUUAUAUCGCCCAGCCCUACUUGUGCCUUAUUAAAAAAAAAAAAAGAAUUUGCUAUAAGCCUUUGUAGUGGUUUCAUGAAGCCUGGCUGGUAUUUCUUGGAGUUGUUUGCACCUUUUGGUUGUGUUUGUGUGCUACAGUGGAUUCACCUUGGUCUUUUAUAUGUGUUUUAAUCCAUGUGCAAACACACAAGAAAAGAAAAACACUCCAGCUGGGUUAAUGGGGGUUUUGUAAUGUAGAUGUAGAUGCUGUAGAUUCUUAUUGCCUUGUGCACAGUUUACACUGUAAUAUAUGCUCACAGCUGAGCCCUUGUUUACAUAUGCAUGUGUGCGUGUUAUUCAGAGUGAUCAUAUCUAAACAAAACAAACGCACAUACACAUUUCUAGGAUGUAGGAACUAUUGUCAUCCUCUACAUUGACAAGCUCGCAUAAAAAAACAGUUCAUAUAUUUAUGCAUUCAUAAGGGCUGUCAAUUUAGCAUGUAAUUUUAGUGCAAUAAAUCUUAUAACGAUGAACUGCUUUUGUCUAGACAUUGCAACCAUCACUGAUUUAUAUCUAGUACCUGUUCACAUAGAAAAACACUGUGGAUGGACAAAACAAAUGUACCUUGGAGGGAUUGACAGACUCGACUGCAAAAGGGAGCGCUGUGGAAAAUUUUAUUCACCAAAUUUGCAAUUGAUUAAUUUGUUACAAACCAUGCACUUAAUUUGAUUAAAAGUCAAUUGACAGCCUUAGAAUCUGUUUUAACCCAGCACCAAUCCACACAUUAAAAGGAUGCACCGUCACUCUCUGUGACGAAUGUUGGGCAUCCUGUGAACAACACAGCCGUGAAGUUCAACCUCACAUCUCCCAUCACACCUAAACUCAACCAUUGUGAUUGCUCUUCUCAUAUUGCUCUCCUGUGAUAUUGGUGUGACGCAAAAUGUCUUUCACCCCUCUGAUGUGUUCCGGUAGGUCAGUGCUGAAUGUAAGUCGUGCCUGUCGGUUUCCUUUGCAUCUAAGUAACGCAUGACAUAAUUUCCUCCUAUUCCUUCCGAGUCCUUGAGCACCGCCAUGAGCGUGUACUAAAAGCGUGUGAUAUGCUGUUGAAGGCUCUGUGUGCUGUUUUAUGUUGUUGCAUAUUUUGCAGACGUAGGAUCUGUGGGAAUUUUUGACCACUGCUGCAGGUCAAUGACGUUGCAGGGGGCCGGCAAUGCUGAGAAGUUUGAUUAUGUGAUGAACUUCUUGAAGAAGAUGGCAGGAAAUGAAUAUGUUGGUUUCAGCAAUGCCACAUUCCAGUCGGAGCGUGAGUCAGGAGACAGGAAUUUCGCUAUUGGCUACUACCUGAAAGAGAAGAAGUGCUUUCCAGAUGGUACAGACAUGACUGCUGUUCUGGACCUCUACUUUCAGCUGUGCUCCAUCGAGGUAACAUGUGAGAGCGCUAGCGUCAUGGCUGCCACAUUGGCCAACGGCGGCUUCUGUCCAAUCACAGGCGAGCGUGUGCUGAGCCCCGAGGCCGUGCGAGACACCCUCAGCCUCAUGCACUCCUGCGGCAUGUAUGACUUCUCCGGACAGUUCGCCUUCCAUGUGGGUCUUCCAGCCAAGUCAGGUGUGGCUGGAGGUAUUCUGCUGGUUGUGCCCAAUGUGAUGGGCAUCAUGUGCUGGUCUCCUCCAUUGGACAAACUCGGCAACAGUGUCCGGGGCAUCCAGUUCUGCACGGAUCUGGUGUCCUUGUUCAACUUCCACAACUACGACAACCUGAGGCACUUUGCCAAGAAGCAUGAUCCUCGCAGAGAGGGAGGGGAACAGCGGGUGAAAUCUGUCAUCAACCUCCUCUUUGCUGCCUACACAGGAGAUGUUUCUGCUCUCAGAAGGUUUGCGUUGUCCUCCAUGGACAUGGAGCAGCGGGACUACGACUCCAGGACGGCGCUGCAUGUAGCAGCCGCUGAGGGACAUACUGAGGUUGUGCGUUUUCUGUUAGAGGCCUGCAAGGUGAAUCCUGUUCCCAAGGACAGGUGGGGCAACACACCUAUAGAUGAGGCGACACACUUCGGUCAUCAAGAGGUGCUCGCGCUUCUACAGGAGUACAACAAUAAAUACAACCCACCGGUGAACACCGACGCUGUUAAAGAGAGCACCGAGAAAAACCUGGACGGGAUGCUGGAGACGUAACCAUUUACACUCGCACUAGAGGACAGUGAAGGACUGCUCCAUCUCAAUAUCAGUGUUUUUUGUUGUUGUUUUUUUCGGGGUUUUUUGUCAGUAACAGUUAAAUUUUUUCGUUUUACACGCUUUUGUGAGACAUUUGUGGCUUGUUCACAACUUCUUCCUUGCAAGAAAGGGCGUAAGUCACGAUGAUGGACAUAUUUAAUGGUGCGAAACGAUUCUUAGUGACGUUAGCCGCUAUAAUUAUAUGUUCAGUCCUUUCGUGCCUGUGUAAAGUUGAUUGAGGUGUGGGGAAUGAGGACUACAGCGAUCUCAUUGCUGUCUCGAGGGCAAACGGCUAAACUCAAGAUUAUAGAAUGAUACCAAACAAUCCUGUUUAAGCAUUCAGAAUUCGUUUAGACAGGACGAGUUCUUGCAUUAAAAACAGCGAGGUUUGGCACGGUUGCGCAAACACUCACGAUACAAAGCUGCUGGCCAACGUCUUCUUUAUGUUGAAAAAAAAAACAAAAAAAAAGUAGCUCAGCAGAACGGAAUGAAAAUCCGAGACAGGAGACUAGUGGAUUUUCAUUACCAAACAAUCGGUCGAGUGUUGCCAGGAAUCACUAUUAUUAUUAUUAUUAUUAUUAUUAUUAAGAUCAGGAAUUCGAGAACGUGUCGUGUGUAAAAUCCGAAAUUACUUUUAAGUUUGCAUGCAUUUUUUUUUUUUACAUGUGUAUCACUUUUAUUUUAUUAUACCUCAUCAUUUGAGCAUUCUAACCACUGCCAAAUACAUUGUUAUUUUUGUUAGUCUUUACUGUAUUAUCAGUUAGGUGGUCUAUAUUAUAUAUUCGUCAAUGCACUCAUAUUUUAAGUAUUUACAUGCCCCCAAAAUGACUGCAUUUUGAGAAAGUACACAAUGUUGUAAUCUGAGAACAAAAGCGAUCAAAAAUAAAAAAUUUACUGAUGAUGUGAAGUUAUAUAUAAAAAAAAAAUCACAUUAUAGCCUAAACAAUAUUUAAUUUAAAUCCUCAACACCAGCUUAAUCAUUAUUGGAUACGAUUUAAAACCUCCUUUGGCUACUCAUUAUUUAUAAAUAAAAGACACUGUAUUUGUGCAAAUCAUCUGUGCAUUUAUGUAUAUUUUAGGAAGUGUUAAAUUACUGUAAAUGUAGUUUGUAUUGUGAGACAAUUGCUUUAGCAGUGGAAAGAUGAUGUCAAACCUCUUCACUCGGACCAAACACUUGAAGAAAGUCAGUUAAAUUUGACAAAAAUCAGUUCAUGUCAAAGUAAAUGAAUGUAAGCUACACUUUAGCACUAUUCAGUAUUCAUUGAAGCAGAAAUAUGUUGCUGAUUUCUAUUAGACUGUAUCUGGCAGACUAAAGUCGGUGUGUGUACAUGUGCAGUUAAAGCAAUGGUAUAUUAAGAUUCAUCUUUGAUGUGCAAUAAUGAAUAAAAUUGUGUUAGUAAUUAAAAGGGUGUAUUUUU